AUGCUGAGACAGGUGGUGAGUGGGGCCCUGCAGGGUGGCACAGCCUGUAGCUCCUGGAAGGCUGGCCCAUUCCUGGGCAUCUCUCCCCAGCGAAUUCCAGCAGCUGCCAACAUCCACUCUGCAUCAUUUCCUAAAACAGAACUUCCCCGGGUCUUAAUUACAGGAGGCCUUGGCCAGCUGGGAGUGGGGCUUGCCGGCCUUUUGAGGAAACGAUUUGGGAAGGACAAUGUGAUUUUGUCAGACAUAAGGAAACCUCCUGAUCACAUCUUCCACAGUGGCCCAUUUCUUUACGCCGAUAUCUUGGAUUACAAGAGCCUCCGUGAGCUCGUGGUGAACCACCGCAUCAGCUGGCUCUUUCACUACAGCGCCGUGCUGAGCGCUGUGGGAGAAGCCAACGUGCCCCUGGCCAGAGACGUAAAUAUAACUGGAUUGCAUAACAUCUUGGACAUUGCCGCGGAACAUAAUGUGAGGCUGUUCCUGCCCAGCACCAUUGGGGCUUUCGGAGCUACCUCUCCUCGGAACCCCGCUCCCGACCUCUGUGUUCAGAGGCCCAGGACCAUCUAUGGAGUGUCCAAGGUCCACGCGGAGCUCAUGGGAGAAUACUACUAUUACCGGUAUGGUUUAGAUUUCCGGUGCCUGAGAUACCCUGGAAUCAUUUCCGCUGAUUCUCAGCCUGGUGGAGGAACCACUGAUUAUGCAGUGCAGAUUUUCCAUGAUGCUACAAAGAGUGGCAAAUUUGAGUGUAACCUCAGAGCCAGCACCAGACUCCCAAUGAUGUACAUCGAUGACUGUCUCAGAGCCACCCUGGAAGUCAUGGAGGCCCCCGCCCAGUGUCUCUCCAUGAGGACCUACAACAUCAACGCCAUGAGCUUCAGCCCUGAGGAGCUGGCCCAGGCAAUCCUCAAGCAUGUGCCGGAAUUCCAGAUGACGUACAGCGUGGAUCCUCUCCGACAGGCCAUAGCGGAUAGCUGGCCCAUGAACCUGGAUGAUAGCAACGCACGGAAGGACUGGGGCUGGAAGCACGACUUUGACCUUCCAGAGCUGGUGACGACGAUGCUGAACUUCCAUGGUUGCAGCACCAGAGCUGCUCAAGCCAACUGA